GGGAGUGGAAGCGAGGAAGAACAAGACAGAGCAUGCUCUCUGGAGCGGAGUUUCAACUGUAAGCGUUGUUUACAUUGCCAUGUGUUGUGAUUUCUUUUUCACUUUCUUUUAAAAAUAUGACUCGCGGACUAAACAUCAAAGUUUUUUGGGUCUGAAUUAUUUUUAAAUUCUCAAUUCUCGGAGAUUAAUCGCUCAAUCCUGCUCCACAAUGAGCGCGUCUGCAGGGACGGGGGUGUUUGUGCUGUCUCUGAUGUCCAUCCCCAUCUGCUACUUGUUCAAUUCCUUCAUUUACAACAACAGUGCUGAAGCUUUCUUCUUUGCUGGAUGUACAACAGUCCUUAUCCUGGCCCUUUCAGCCCGUUUUAUGAUCAAGAAGAAGGCUCCAGCAGAUCCUCUUUUCUAUGUGUAUGCAGUGUAUGCAUUCUUCAGUGUGGUGAAUCUGAUCAUUGGGCUGGAGCAGGACAACAUCAUUGAUGGAUUUGUGACAUUUUACCUCAAAGAGGCAGAUCCGCAUAUUAAUACAGCACAUGGCCACAUGAUCUCCUAUUGGGAUGGCUGUGUGCACUAUCUUGUAUAUCUGCUCAUGAUUGCUGCGAUUACAUGGGGGGACAGUUACCGAGCCAUUGGACUGUACUGGGUGGGAUCUUUUCUCAUGCGUGCCAUAGUCUACAUUCUUGGGAAUGCUGUGGGGAAAUAUGGGACCCAUGUUGGUCCUCUGUUCCUCCUCCACAUGCUGUAUAUCUCAGUGUCUGUCUGGGCCUGUUUCCGCAUCUUCAGCCAGCCCUCAGCACAGGAUAUUCAGUUGACAAGUAUCCAGGAGGCUGAAAGAAAGAGUUUACUCCACAGACCUCUGGACCUUCUGUUCAUUAUUUACCUCAUCCCUGCUUUGGCUUUCUGUGUCUUCAGAGGCCUGGUCGCUCUGGACUGUUCCAGCAAAUGGUGUCAAGACUACACCCAACGGUAUGAGCCUUACCUGAAAGACCCUUCAGCCUAUCCUAAAGUUCAGAUGCUGGUGAGCAUGCUGUACUCUGGCCCAUACUACAUCAUUGCUCUCUAUGGGCUGUUGGUCCCAGGAUGUGAGUGGAUGCCAGACCUGACACUUGUACACUCGGGAGCACUGGCCCAGGCUCAGUUCUCUCAUAUCGGUGCAUCCCUUCACACACGGACGCCAUUUUCCUACAGAGUGCCUGCUGACAGCCAGCCUGUCUUCUUGCUGGUCAAUGUCCUGUACACUCUGGUGCCUCAGUUUCUGUGCUACCGCUGCUGCUUCAGGCCUGCAUUCUUUUGUCGGCCAACGCCAGAGAAGAAAAGUGAAUGAUACAGAGUGUCAGGGACAGAGAGAGUGCCAGGGAUGUCAAACAUGCCUGAAUAAAAGGGUGAAGAACUUGCAAAGUACUACUGUUUAUUAGCAGUUACUAUUUUUGGAGAAGGAGCUGCCACCUUUAACCUUAAUGAGGGCUAAAUGUGGGUAUUGAAAACAUGACAAAAUACUCUAGUGUCAACCGAGUUUGUGUCAUCUGGUGUUUAUGCUCCACUGCUUAUUUUGAAAAUGUGAAACAUAAAUUUUAAAAGAAUAAAGUGUGUUUGUGUAUUUAUAGGACCAGCAAGCACAAGAGGGCACACGGUGUCACAAAUAAUAGACUUUUGUAUGGGAUUCAGACCACUUGACAAUACUUAUUGUUCUUCUAUUUUUGGUAAGUUUUUUUGAUUACAAAAACUGCUUUGUUGUUGACACUGAGGUGUCUGUGCGGUGCCUUUUAGACAGUGGUUU